AUGUCAUCGGUGCCGACCGGAAGUGGUGAAAGUUAUUUGGCGUCGUCGUUGUCUUCGCCCUCGCGGUCGCCACUGUCACAGCAGCGAAAAACCUUCAGCUGUUCGUGCACGUCGUCCGCAUUCAGCAAGUUGGCCGGAAGCCUCAAGGUUCCUCACUAUUACGGUCAGGGCGUCAUCAACGACGGUUCAGCGGCGAUCGACAGCAAUGGCAGACAACGUUGGUACUCAUCACUCACCAACCUGUUGACCGCACAGCGAAGCAACAGCAAAAAAGUAAGUAACUCACCGUUGUUCCCCUUCGUUCGUUCAUUUGGUCAUCAGUUGUCCUUUUUACGCUCUCCUCGUUUUUUGCUUUUCAAUUAUGGCGGCUUUUCGUCGCCGCCUACGUGUGCGCAAAUUUCGCACUGA